AUGCAGUCUUACUUGAAGAAACUAUCGAACAAUGCUUCCCAACUCUCAAGUAAUGUAUCCAGUCAUCUUCCAAACUCUACUCUCUUUAACAAUCAACAAAUAACCCACAUAGAUGCACAAACCAACAUACAGACUGAUAGAUUCCAACAGCAACCUUUUGGAGGUUUUUCGACAGUUAGUCCACCGGGGACAUUACAACCAGGAACGCAAUUAUUGAUCGGACGGCAUCGAGUUAUCAUCGAGAGAUACUUAUCAGAAGGCGGCUUUGCGCAUGUUUAUCUUGUACGCCUUGCUGAACCGGUGAACAAUGAAUACCAAGCUGUGCUUAAACGUAUUGCUGUAUCCGAUAAAUCUGGCUUCAAUACUGUCUUAAACGAGGUCAAUUUUAUGAAAAUGCUUUGCAACCAUAAGAAUAUUGUGUAUUUUAUUGAUUCACAUACUGGGACGUUGGGAAAUGGGGGCUACGAAAUAUUUAUAUUGAUGGAGUAUUGUCGCGGGGGACCUGUCAUUGAUCUUAUGAAUAGACGACUACAACAUCGCUUGACUGAAGUCGAAAUACUCAAAAUCUUCCAAGACAUAUGUGAGGCGGUAGCCCACAUGCACUAUUCAAAACCUCCAAUACUACAUAGAGAUCUGAAGGUGGAAAAUGUCCUCAGAGAUCAUAAUAAUACCUUUAAAUUAUGCGACUUUGGUUCAUGUACUGUAAACAUGAUCAAACCUGACACACCAAGAACAUGGCACGAAUUGCAAUUACUAGAAGAAGACCUACAGAAACACACCACAUUGCAAUAUAGAGCUCCAGAAAUGGUUGAUGUGUAUCAGAAACGUCCCAUUGACGAGAAGUCAGAUAUUUGGGCUCUGGGAGUUCUCUUGUAUAAAUUAUGUUAUUAUACAACCCCAUUUGAAGAUCAAGGACAGUUGGCUAUUCUUAGUGCUCGUUAUUCGAUACCUCAAUAUCCUGUUUUCUCACAAAGUCUCAUCGGACUGAUAGAAUCAAUGUUAAAGGAGGAUUCUUCAUUACGACCGAAUAUUUACCAAAUCACCAAUAGGGUCUGUGCUUUGAGAGGAGUGACAUGUCCAAUAGUAAAUAUUUAUCCGGAACAGCCCAAUAUAUCGCAGCGGUCUAUGUUGUCUCCAACGGCGGUAGUUGUCACAACAAAUUCGACACAGGACGAUUAUCAGCAGAGUUAUAUGGGUACUAGUCCUUCUUAUCCUAUAUUGAACAGUGCAAUGUCCAACAUUACACCAAUGCGUCGUGGUAGACCUGUGCGACAAGGGCAGAAUUCUGUGGUUAACUCUUCAAACUUAGUAAGCCGUACAGCACUUGAUAAAGCGUUCAGCAACACAUUUGACGCGUUUGACCCGUUCAAUGACAUGCAAUAG